UAACCUCAACGAAGCCGUCAUCAUCGCUAUUCGUUUUGCAAAUUUUGUAAUUUUUUUUAUUAAUAUCUACAAGAAAAAUGAGUUCAAUUGGUACAGGAUACGAUCUAUCAGCUUCUCAAUUUUCACCUGAUGGUCAAGUUUUCCAAAUUGACUAUGCAUCCAAAGCUGUAGAAAAAAGUGGAACAGUCAUUGGGGUGCGCGGCAAAGAUGGCGUAGUCCUGGCCGUUGAGAAAAUUGUCACCAGUCCUUUAUAUGAAGAAGACGCUGGAACAAGAAUAUUUACAAUUGACAAAAAUAUCGGUUUGGCUCUUGCUGGGCUCUUGGCAGAUGGACGUUACAUCGUUGACAUUGCUCGUCAAGAAGCCGCAAAUUAUCGCCAACAAUUCGAUCGCACUAUUCCAUUGAAACUGCUCAAUGAGAGAAUUUCUGCGUACAUUCAUGCUUACACUUUGUACAGUGCCGUGCGUCCAUUCGGCGUGACAGUGAUUCUUUCAGCUUGGGAUGAGGAUCAAGGUGCUCAAUUGUAUAAAAUUGAACCAUCUGGACAUUCAUAUGGUUACUUUGGUUGUGCCAGUGGAAAGGCUAAACAGCAAGCCAAAACCGAGAUGGAGAAAUUUAAAUUUGUGGAGAUGAAUACAGAAGAUCUUGUUCAAAACGCUGGAAAGAUAAUCUAUCAAGUUCACGAUGAGCUCAAGGAUAAAGAUUUCCGUUUCGAAAUGAGUUUGGUUAGCAAGGAGACAAAUGGUGUUCACCGUUUGAACCCAGCUCCAUGGCAUGCAAUGGCAAUUGAAGCCGGACAAGCUGCCAAACGAGAAGAUGACAGUGAUAAUGAAAUUUAAGUUAAUAUUUUUGUCUACUUAUUUUAUAGCGUCUUCUUGAAUGAAGAUACAGUUCGUUGGAGGUAUUUUCUGGUAAAACAAAUAAAAAUUAAAAAAAUCUUUUCUAA